AUGAAUUGCCACAUGCUCUCGACAUCUGGGAUUACGUUCGUGUCGGCGCCGCCGGAGAUCAUCGGCGCGUUGACCCCCCACGACAAGCCCCCACUGGCGCACAUCGGGGAUAACAGUCCCGAUCUUACCUACGGCAUCAGGUUGCCCCAGGAGUCCGGGCGGCAGCUGAUUUCGCAGGAACACCGAACGGCAGGGCAAGCGGGCCAUGAAGAAAUCGCCUGGAUGCACACGGCCGCAUCUCAGAAAAAGCGCUAA